AUGUCUGAACCUUCAUCCGAUAAUAUUCAACAACCAAAAGCUCAAAAUCACACCGAUGGAGAGCCUAAACAACCAGAAGCAACAACAACAACAACAACAGAUAACAACAACAAACAAGAAGGAUCCAUGAAUGAUAUCCAACAAACUUCCGAAGUGAACCAUGAUAGUACAAGCUCACCAAAUGCACAAGAUGAUGAUGACGACAACUCUGAAGAAUUUGCUCUUCUUGUUCAAAAAGCGGAAGAGUUCAAGGUGGAAGGCAAUAAGUGUUUCUCAAAUGCAGAAUUUGAAAAAGCAAUUGACUUUUAUAAUGAGACUCUCAAGAUUUGGUUUGUUUACUUGAACAAGGAGGAUGAGUUAAAAGUCAGAAAAGAGGACGUAAAAAAACUCACAAACAUUGUGGUGGAUACGUACAAUAAUGCAGCUCUCACAUUGAUGAGACUCAAUAACUUUGUGAAUGCAUUCAAGGCUGCGGCAAUGGCAAAUCGCUUCAUACCAAACGCAAAAUCCUAUUAUUUGCAAGGAAAAUGUUUAUACACCUUAGGUCAAGCAUUCCAAGCCAAACAAUAUUUAGAACAGUGUUUAGAACUUCAACCUAAUAAUAAGGAAGCUCGUGAAUUAUUGGAAGAGUGUGAACAAGCUGAACCAUUUAUUGAUUAUGGAAGAAUGCCGUUUGGAGGAAUGGGUGCAUUCUCAGCAUUACGUCAGAAACAACAAGAAGAGGAAGAGCUUAAAAAAGCCAUGGAGGAAUCUCUCAGGAUCUUUGAGGAAGAACAGAAAAAACGAGAAGAGGAAAAAUUAAAGGCAGAUGAAGAGCAAGAGAAAAUCAGAAAGGCCUUUGAACUGCAGCAACAAGAAUUGAAAAGAAAACAAGAAGAAGAAGAAAAGAAAAGAUUAGAAGAAGAAGCAGAUGUUGAAUUUGAUAUUGAUAUUGAACAUGAUGACGAUCAUGAUGGUGAAAUUGAUGAGGAUGAAGUGUCACUGACUGAAAGCGAAAUUGAAGAACAAAUGAGGUUGUUAGAAUUAGAAGAAAAAGGUCAAUUACCACCUGCAGAAGAAUAA